UAACCAUCAACUCUCUGUCAAAAUGUCAUACUAAUUUUUAAACUUUUUAUUUUAGUUAAAUGUUAAAGGCUGCCAAAGCAUAAUUUAACAUUUUUGACAUUAACUCACAAUUAGGAUUUACGUGAAAAAUAAAUAAAAAUUUCAAAUACAUAUACUUACAUACACGUUACAACCUAACCUACUAACAAAGACAGCCCUAAUAUAUAAAUAAAAAUGAAGGACAAAGUUUGUAGGAAAUGUAAUGGUCCUGGUACUGUAUUCGUAAGAAAAGAAUAUUGUUACUGUAAUGAUUGUUUUAUAACUAACACUAAUCACAAAUUCCGAGCAUGCAUUGGUAAAAAUAAAAAACUAACCUCAAAUGAAAAGGUCCUCGUUUGUUUAUCUGGAGGAAAAAGCUCAACAGUUUUAUUGGAUCUGAUUUACAAUGGAAUUAACCUAGACAGCCAUAAAAAACUUAGGAUAGUGCCAUUUUUCGUUCACAUAACAGGAAUAAAAAAAGAAAGUGAAUCGAAAAAAACCACCGACAUGAUUAUAGAUCAAUGCCAAAAAUACAAUUUUGAUCUAUAUGUGGUUAAUAUUCAGGAAUAUAAAUCUAAUGAAGACAUCAGUUACUGUACAAACUCUUUCUCCCCAGCAACUUUGGCAGCGAAAAAUUUAAAUUUCACAACAACAACUGGUCAAGAUGUACUGACUAAAAUUAAACACAAUCUUUUUAUUAGAAUAUCUAAACAACUAGGUUGCCGAUUUGUAUUGACUGCUGAAACCACUACACUAUUGGCAAUGAAAUUAUUAUCUAGUAUUGUCAUUGGAAGAGGAUCACAAGUCGAAAACGAUAUUGGUUUUGCUGAUAAUCGAGAUGGUAAUGUUGAGAUUUUAAGAUCUAUGAGAGACAUCACCAAUGAGGAAAUAGACAUUUAUCUUAACAUAAAGCAAAUGUGUGUUGAUCCUAAGGAUAGUGAUCAGGAAAUUAGUUUGCAAGCAGCUAUUAGAGAUUUUGUUUUGGAUCUGCAAGAAAAUUAUCCAUCUACGAUUUCAACAGUCUGUAAAACUGCUGACAAGCUUGGCUCUGUAAAUGGGAAAAAUAAUAUAAAAAAAUGUCAUGUCUGCCAAAGUACAAUUAAUUUUAAAGACUCUAAGUUGACAGCUGUCGAAGCCACUAUAUUUUCAAGAAUAGUAUCCAGUGAAAAGAGUCCUGAAAGUGCUUCAGACCUCCCAUUCAAUACUAAAGACAACACAAUGUUUCCUUAUAUUUUUGAUAGAUUUUGUUAUUGCUGUAGUAGAAAUUAUUUAGAAACAAAAGGGUCUGAUCUGAACAUGUUUUUGUCACAGAAAAUUGAAAAGGAAUCAUAACUUCAUCUCUUUCUAUUAUAACAUAUAGAGUUAAACUUACUACUGAAUUACAUUUAUAAACGAACUAACUAUUAUGGGUAUCUAACAAACUAGACUGUGAUAGAUUAAGAGACAAAUGUAUGUUAUAAGUAAACAGAUUGUAAGUCAGUUUUUAAACAUUGUAAUGUGUGAUUUUUACAUAUGCUAUCUAUCAACCAUCACAUAUAUUACUUGUGUAUGUGAUGAUUGAUAGAUAAUGUUUUGAAUAAAAUCAAAUCAAUGAAGUCAAA